AUGUGCUCAGCUUGCAGUCGGGCCACUUUGAACGAGAAGCAAACUCUGGCCGUGCAACGCGGCCUGCAGCGGCCCUUCUCCAUGGUGCAGGGGCCACCCGGCACGGGAAAGACGUCCUUCCUCGUUCAGUUCGUAGCGGCGCUGCUUUCAGCACCCCGACGACGCCAAGGCGGGCGGAUCUUGGUGUGUGCUCCUUCCAAUCACGCGGCCGACCAUCUAUUGGAUAGGCUGAUUAGCGCUGGUACCCCGCCGCACUACAUGACGCGAGUCUAUUCCAGGUUCAUUGAACGAGCGCAUGGAAGCAUGUACAAGGGAGGGACCACGCGGAUGGAGCGAGGCUUUGACAUCCAGCCGCACCUCGAAGAACAUGCGCUGCACUGGAAGGUCAGCGAAGUCCAACAGGUGAAGUUCACCGGUCCUCCAUUGAGUCGAGACGCCUUCGACCGAAGCUACGAAGCAUCAGAGGUCAAGGUCUUGAAGGACAGUCGUAUCGUGAUCACGACCUGUACCACUGCAUAUCUCCAUACUGCUCUGGUGCAAGGGGAGCCACAAUGGCCAUCCCGCUCUGUGCAGUGGCAGGGCCCAUGGCAGGGCCCAUGGCCAGGCCCUUGGCAGGGCGCUUGGCACCCAUGGCAGGACCCAUGGCAGGAUCCGUGGCAGGAUCCGUGGCAGGGCGCCUGGCAGGGUCCGCGGCAGGGUCCGCGGCAGCGUCCAUCAGUGUUGCGGCCUGUGAGCUUUGACACCAUCGUCAUUGAUGAGGCUGCGCAGGCGAGUGAGCCAGAUAUCGUGCUGCCCGCCAGUGGUGCCAGCUGCCGCGUCAUCGUGGUGGGAGAUCACAAGCAGUUAGGACCAGUGGUCACGGAGAACAACUUAUGUGCACCCUACGUGAGCGCUUUGGAAACUCCAUUUCUUGAGCGAAUGCUGCAGAACCCACGCCGAUGGCUCUCAAGCACCAUGCUGAAUAUGCAGUAUCGCAUGCAUCCAUCGAUUCGAUCCUUUCCGUCCUCGCAGUUCUACGAGUCCAAGUUGGAGGAUCAGGUUUGUAUCCCGCACCGAGUGGAGCUGAACUGCAUCUGGCCUGACGCCAAGGAGCACCGGAGCUUCGUGGACUGCAAGGGCUCCCAGUCCAUGGGCUUAUCGCCGGAGCUGAACCGCACCUGCGACGCGGCCCUCAUUGAGAGUAAGGUCUCCCUGAAGAACGUGGGAGAAGCUCAGUGUGUGGUGGCCGCCUGCAAGGCCCUGCUGCGGAAGAGCUGCUCCGCAAGGGACAUCGCAGUGAUCACGCCUUACAAGGCACAGCAGCAUGAGAUCCGCGCCAGGUUGGAGCGUGACGUUGGCUCGGCCGCCGCAUCCAUCUUAGUGGGCACCGUUCACGCGCUGCAGGGCUCGGAGCGGGAGUACAUCAUCGUGAGCUUCGUGCGCAGCAUCUCCGAGGACGUGGAGGACGUGGUGAGCAGCGCGGUCGCCUCCGUGGGGGACUCCGUCGCCCUGCAGGAACUUCACAUGGAAAGCUUGGGCAUUCUCUCCGACUACAAGCUCCUGAACGUCGCGAUCACACGUGCCAAGUAUGGCCUGAUUUGCGUCGGCAACGCGGAUGUGCUCAGCAAGGGAUCAAAAUACUUCAAUGCUUUCAUCCACAGCUUACGAAGCUGCAUUGUGAGCAAAGAGGAGUUUCUUCGGAGUGCGCGCUGGGCACGUGGGCGCAUCAGUCCAUGA